AUGACAAUAUCCACUAAUAAUAAUGAUGGAGUUGCUGAAGAAUUGACUCAUUUACGAUAUCUUUUAAAGACUGUCAAUGAUCGUAUCGAUAAAAUUGAAGCCGAUACAAAAAAACCUUCCCUUAAACAGAAAGAACAAGAUUCUGGGUUGAGGAUGGUACUUAUGGGAAAAGGAACCCAAUCGCCGAAAAUUAAAGAAAAAUAUUGUGUUUGUCAUUUAGCUACUGGAGAUAUGUUACGUUCCCAAGUUGCAGCUAAAACAAAACUUGGUUUGGAAGCUAAAAAAAUUAUGGAAUCCGGAGGAUUGGUAUCUGAUGAAAUCAUGGUUGGAAUGAUUCAUGAUGAAUUGAAAAAUAAUCCGGAAUGUAAAAAUGGUUUCAUCUUGGAUGGGUUUCCUCGUACAGUACCUCAAGCACAAAAACUUGAUUCUAUGUUAGAAAGAGACAAGCAAAAACUUGAUCAUGCUGUUGAACUUAUUAUUAAUGAUAACUUAUUGGUCUCGCGUAUUACUGGUCGUUUAAUUCAUCCACAGAGUGGGAGAACAUAUCACAGAAUUUUCAAUCCACCAAAGGUUCCUGGUAAAGAUGAUAUUACUGGUGAACCAUUAAUUCAACGUUCGGACGAUAACGCUGAAGUUUUAAAAAAGCGAUUAGCUACUUAUCAUCAGCAAACUACCCCUGUAGCGGAAUAUUACAAACAAAAGGGUAUUUGGUCAGGUGUCGACGCAUCUCAAAAGCCAAAUGUAGUUUGGGCAAAUUAG